AUCACACGACCUUCAAAUGUAUACUGAUUGUGAUUUGUUAUGCUAAAUUUCAAUUUUCAUUUUGUCAAAAAUUAGUCUUCAUUCUUUGUCUACCUACAACCCAUCAUCUCAAGUCCAGCAUCUUCAUAGCUGGUAUUGAGGGACAAGAUCUCCAAUGUAUUUUGGACGUUGCUAGUUUUCCCAAAGGGGUUAUGCCUUUUCGCUAUCUUGGUAUCCCGUUGGUAGCGGUUAAGCUUAGGGUCAGACACUAUGAGUCGCUUAUAUCAAAGAUCUCGGACAAUAUUAAAGCUUGGCAAGCAGCUUCCCUUUCAUAUGCUGGGCGGCUGGAGCUUAUUCAUGCUAUGAUCCAAGGAGUGGUUUGUUUUUGGUGCUCAAUUCUCCCGGUCCCAGCUGCCGUCAUUGACCAGAUUUAUAGCCUAUGCAGGUGCUUCCUCUGGAACUCCAAGGCCUCCCUUGUUAGCUGGAAAGAUGUUUGUUUGCCUAAAUGUGAAGGCGGCUUAGGCCUUAAGGAUCUUAAAAGUUGGAACUCUGGUCUGCUUAUUAAGAUCCUAUGGGACAUUCAUCGCAAGGACACGUUGUGGGUUCAAUGGAUCCAUCAUGAAUUCUUGCACUCGAUCUCCAUUUGGCAGAGGCAGGCCCGGAAUGAUGACUCCCUUCUGAUGAAGAGGAUGAUGCUUAUAAGGGAUUCUAUGUGUGAGGUGCGAGGUUCAGCAGAGGUUGCAAUGAGCCUGCUCGAGAGCUGGGCCAAUGGUCCUCGGUUUGAUGUGCAAGUUGCCUAUGAGUUCUUUCUGCCGAAGGGACAAGUUAAGGAGAUAAUUUCAAUAUACCCUGCUUUAUCCCCACCAAAUCUUUCCCCAGCACAAUCUAAUCGAGUUUGUAAUGCACUUGCCCUUCUCCAGUCUGUGGCCUCACACCGAGAAACGAGAAUGUCAUUCCUGAAUGCGCAAAUGCCUUUAUAUCUGUACCCUCUCAUUAAUACAACCUGGAAAUCAAAGCCAUUCGAGUAUUUAAGGCUUACUUCCUUGGGCGUCAUUGGUGCAUUGGUGAAGGUUGGUGAUACACAGGUUAUCAGUUUCCUUCUCUCUACUGAAAUAAUUCCUCUGUGCCUAAAAACUAUGGAGACGGGGAGUGAACUAUCAAAAUCAGUUGCUACAUUUAUUGUACAACAAAUUUUGAUGGAUGAUGUGGGUCUGGAUUAUGUAUGUACCACAGCAGAGCGGUUUUUUGCUGUACGUCAAAUGUUGGGAAAUAUGGUGGCUGCACUUGCUCAACAACCCUCAUCACGCCUGCUAAAAUAUAUCAUUCGCUGUUAUCUCCGGCUAUGUGACAACCAAAGGGCUUGUGAUGCACUGAGAGGCUGCCUGCCAGACAUGCUGAGGGAUGGCACCUUCAGUGCUGCACUUCAGGAAGAUGCAACAACAGGAAGGUGCUUACAGCAAUUGCUUCUCAAAGUCCAUGGACCUCGUGUUGCGCCACAGGCUGGGGGAGGAUCCAACCUUAUGAGGGGGAACUAAAGUUAGUGUUAUAUGCAGUGGUAUUGGGACUCCCUUUUGUAGCCCUUUGGGCUUUAGUAUUAUGUGUGUAUUUGUUGUCUUGUUAAGGUAUUUUCAUAGUAAUUAUGAGGGGGAACUAAAGUUAAUGUCAUAUGCAGUGGUAUUGGGACUCCCUUUGGUAGCCCUUUAGGCUUUAGUAUUAUGUGUGGAUUUGUUGUCUUAUUAAGGUAUUUUCAUAGUCUUGGACAUGUCGUUGCUCUUGACUGGUUUUGUUAUAGCUAAUGUUUUUGUUCUUAUCGUACAUUCCUAUUUUAUUUGUUAUGGAGCUUCUUUGUAGUUUUCAAGAGGGAAAAUGGU